UUUUGUUUUCCCUUAUUUCCUACGCUAGACGAAUGAGCCGUUGCAUGUGAGAAAAGUCCUACGGGCUACAAGAUUCAUAUGAACCGAAGAUGCCAUAGUUUGCAGCUAGCCUAAAUUCCACCUUUUUAUUUCUCUUUGCGCUGGAUGAAAAGGCAUCACUUGCAGUGAAGUAGAUCCCCGUUUACUUCUUGGUUUGUCCUCAGAGGCAGGCCCUGUUUGUCGUUGGGCGGUGGCCUUUGAAUGAGAAAACAAAAAAGGGGGCCAGCCAGAUCAGAUCUUGAUCCAAGGCCAGGAAUCAUCAAAUUAGCCACCGGUACGACUCGCAACUUAGGAUCUAGAUCCUAAAAACUCUGAUUCCAUGUGCAACCGAGGAGUAUUAUUUACAUAGGAAACUGCUGCCUCUGUAUUCUGUACUUACAAAGACUAUAAACAUGGCGGCAAAGUCUUAAAUUAAACUCAGAGACUUAGAGUAGAGGGGCUAUACUACUAAUAAUCAUUUCAAAGUCUUCUUGGAGACGGAGAGCAGAGCAGAGCCGCAGAGGAGACACCCAACGGACCACGGCAGCCAUGGCCGGAUUCUUCCCUCUGGCCGUCUGCGCCGUGGCCUUCCACCUCUGCCUUCUCCUCUGUUCGUCUUCGUCUCUCCGGGUAGCCCCCGAGAGCUCGAGAUCGAGCUCGCCGGCCCGCCAUGGCGGUGGCAAGAGGAUCAGGACCGCCUACCACUUCCAGCCCGCCAAGAACUGGCAGAACGAUCCGAAUGGGCCAAUGUACCACAACGGGGUGUACCACUUCUUCUACCAGUACAACCCCGGCGGCGCGACCUGGGGCACGGGGAACCUCUCCUGGGGCCACUCCGUCUCCGGCGACCUGGUCAACUGGCUCGCCCUCGCCCCCGCCCUCGUCCCGGGCUCCCCCUUCGACGCCAACGGCUGCUGGUCGGGCUCCGCCACGGUCCUCCCCGGCGGGAUCGGCCCCGCCUUCCUCUACACCGGCAUCGACGCCGCCGGGGACCAGGUCCAGAACGUCGCCUUCCCCAAGGACCCCUCCGACCCGCUCCUCCGCGACUGGGUCAAGCCGGCGUACAACCCCGUCAUCCCUCUCCCUUCCGGCGUCCCGGGCGACAGCUUCCGUGACCCUUCCACGGCGUGGGUCGGCCGCGAUGGGCUCUGGCGCGUCGCCGUGUCCGCCGCCGUGGUUGGAGGAGAAGGCGGGGGGUCGACGCUGGUGUACCGGAGCAAGGAUUUCCGGCGGUGGGAGCGGAACCCAGCGCCGCUGCACGCGUCUGGCAAAGCUGGCAUGGUCGAGUGCCCGGAUCUGUUCCCCGUGGCCGCGCCCGGCCACGAGGAAGGGCUCGACCUUUCGUCUUCGUCUCCGGCGGCGGGGGCGGCGAGGCACGUGCUGAAGCUGAGCGUGAUGGACACGCUGCAGGACUACUACGCGGUGGGGGUGUACGACGACGCGGCGGACACCUUCACGCCGGUGGAGGAGGACGGCGAGGACUGCCGGAGCUGGCGGCGGUUCGACUACGGCCACGUGUACGCGGCCAAGUCCUUCUUCGACGCCGGGAAGCGCCGCCGCGUGCUCUGGGCCUGGGCCAACGAGUCCGACUCGCAGGCCGACGACAUCGCCCGAGGCUGGUCCGGCGUCCAGAUCUUCCCGAGGAAGGUGUGGCUCGACGCGGACGGGAAGCAGCUGCGGCAAUGGCCGGUGGAGGAGAUCGAGACACUCAGAAUCCCCAACAACAGACGUGCCGGGCUAUUGCCUGGAGCGGACCAGGUGAACGCCGGCGGCUUGAACGAGAUCGUGGGCGUGGCGGGCGCCCAGGCGGACGUGGAGGCCGUCUUCGAGGUCCCGGCGCUGGAGAACGCCGAGAGCCUGGAUGAUGAUCACUCCAACUGGCUGCUGGACCCGCAGAGGCUGUGUGGGGAGAAAGGCGCGUCGGUGCGCGGCGGCGUCGGCCCCUUCGGGCUCCUCGUCCUCGCCUCCGGUGACCUGCACGAGCACACCGCCGUCUUCUUCCGGGUGUUCAGAUACCAGGGCAAGUACAAGACCCUCAUGUGCACCGACCUCACGAGGUCGAGCACGAGAGCCGGGGUGUACAAGCCGGCGUACGGCGCGUUCGUGGACAUGGACAUCGAGGAGCACGGGGCCGUGAUAUCGCUCAGAACCUUGGUUGAUCAUUCGGUGGUGGAGAGCUUCGGGGCCGGGGGCCGGACGUGCAUGACGGCGCGGGUGUACCCGGAGGAGACGACGGCGGGCAACGGCGAGGAGAGCCGGCUGUACGUGUUCAACAACGGGACGGGCGCAGUGAAGGUGGCCAGGCUCGAGGCGUGGGAGCUGGCGACGGCGUCCGUCAACGUCGUCACGGUCGGGGACGACGGCGGGUCGAUCCUUCUGGGAUCCAUGCGCGCAAGUGAAGCCGAGUAGAAGAAGGGUGGGAUUUGGGGGACUUGUCAUUGUUUGUCUGGACAGAAGGAGGGGACGACGUACGUACCGGUGGGGGAUGACGAUUCGUUCGUGAUUGUUUGUUGUUUCAGAAACACGCAUGCCAGAUUCAGAGAACUUGGUUUGUUAAAGCUAAAUGAAUUCAGGGUUUGCACGGUGCGUGCUAGGGAAAGAAUUGCUAAAGUAAUAACUUCAUGGAGGUCGUCGUGGUA